AUGAUUUCUUCUAGUGGGUGGGUUCAAGUAUUGCUCAAUGGUCCUACUUCUGUGGUUGUCAAUUCGAAAGGUGACUUGUUCAUUGCCGAUAAUGGAAAUCAGAGAAUUCGAAAAGUUUCAGUGGAGGAGGGUACCAUUACAACCAUUGCUGGAACUUCUGAAACCAAUGUCGUACCAAACAACGAUCCAAGAGGAAUCUAUCACGCCUUGACGAGUCCCUUCUCACUGACUCUUCAUCCCAACGAUGACAUUAUUUACUUUUCGGAUAAUGGUCAAGUGUUGCAAUUGAAUCAACCUCAACGUUUUGGAGUGGAUGCUUCCAAUAGUAGCGUUUGUAGUGGACGUGGAAAUUGCACCAAUGUACAGGAAUGUGAAUGCAUUCAGGGAUGGGGUGGUCCAAAUUGUCAAUUUCCAUUGUGUCAAAAUAUUCGAGCCGAUAGUGUCAAUGUAUGUGGAGGUCAUGGAACUUGUACGAGUCCAGAUGUUUGUGUCUGUCAUGACUCUACGAAAUAUGCUGGAGCCAAUUGUGAAAUUCCAAAAUGUUUUGGUCAACUGGCAACAGAUCCCAAAGUGUGUACCUUUGGAAAUGGAACUUGCAAAGGUCCAGAUCAGUGUGUCUGUUCCUCACCAUGGAUUUCAGGUCCAGAGUGUGAUUCUCCAGUGACGUGUUUUGAUGUGCCGUAUCAUAACUCGUCGAGUGUAUGCAGUGGAAAUGGACAAUGUGUUUCGUCAAAUAAUUGUACUUGCAUACCAGCCUUUGUUGGGAAAGCAUGUCAAUUGCAAACAUUGGCCAAUGAUGCCACUUUGAAAUUCAACGUGUCAAGUGUAUAUGCUCAAGAUUUUGUCCGAUUGGAAUUGAACAUUCCAUCCUAUUACUAUUCAUUACCGUAUGCAAGUCAAAACAUGAUGGCUGUCUUUAAGGUUUCGUAUUAUCACACUUUGGUGUUCAAUCGAACCAUUCCAAAAGGAUCAUACAGUGUGGCGGAAGAUUUAAAGUUCCAAGAGUCGACGACAGUCACAGCGUUUGCAGUGAUUGUAGACGUUGAUCAACAAGUUCAACUAAAUCGAUUCCCUUUGCAGACAGCACCAUUGUCAGUAUUACCUUCGAGGAAUGUUCAAGUUUCAAAAGCAACGCUGUCAAAUUGGUUUGUCGAAGUGUAUUUAUGGAAGUGGUUACUUGUAGUGAUCAUGUUUUGGUUUGGAUUCUUGUAA